GUGGAAAGGUAAAGAGUGUCGGAUCUGAGCCGUUAUGCUAGAACUUGGACGCGUAGCUGAGCUCCUCUCCUCCUCAAGGUAUGACAAGAACUUAAUCUCAGCACAGCGGUGGGGCAUCAGAAAAGGUCUAAUCAUGGGCUUCUUCACCGGAUAUAUGUGGCUCAUCAUCUUCCUGUGCUAUGGUUUGGCUUUCUGGUACGGCUCCACUCUGGUGUUGGAUUCUGAAGACUAUUCGCCAGGAACACUACUGCAGGUCUUUUUUGGUGUUCUGAUAGCAGCCAUGAAUUUGGGGCAGGCCUCCCCAUGUCUCGAGGCUUUUGCUGCAGGCCGUGGAGCUGCUACCAUCAUCUUUGAGACGAUUGACAGGGAACCAGAGAUAGAUUGUUUAUCCGAGGCUGGCUAUAAACUUGACAGGAUCAAAGGAGAUAUCGAGUUCCACAAUGUGACCUUUUAUUACCCCUCCAGACCUGAGGUCAAGGCAGCCUGUAAAAACAGCGUGGUGGAGAGUCCCAUGUGCACGUUCAUGACGGCAUUUAUAACGGGAUUAAAACAUUGUUCUACUCCAGUAUAG